AUGAAACAAACAGACUCCAAGGAAUGGUGGAAAAAAGUAAAGGGUUUAAGUGGAAUGGCAUCUACUAGAUCUAGUGAUAUUAGAAAUAUAAUAGAUAUUGAAAACCUCGAACAAUUAUCUGAGCAAGAAUUAGCUAACAAGAUCAAUGAAGCUUUCUUGGAUCCCUUAUCUGUAUAUAAACUGCCCAGCCCCCUUCUUCCUUUCGAGCUAGAAGUUAACAACCCUGAGUUUUUAGUAGUCACUGAAGAAACAGUGUAUUCAUAUUUAUCAAAGCUGAACCCUACAAAAACUUGUGGUCCUGAUGAAAUAUCAAAUUGGCUUCUUCGUGAUUAUGCAGCUAUAAUAUUAGCGUUCCCAAUUAGUACCAUCUUAAAUGCUUCCUUCAAGCAACAACGACUUCCAUCGAUGUGGAAACUAGCCAAUGUUUUACCUAUACCUAAAUCUAAGUCAGUUCAAAUCUUAGAAAAAGAUCUCAGACUUAUAUCACUGACCCCGAGCAUAUCCAAAGUAGCUGAAGAAUGUGUGGUAAAUAGAUAUAUCAAACCUGCGGUUCUGAAAUCCAUCGACUCAAAUCAAUUUGGUUCUAUUCCUAAUUCUUCAACCACUUUUGCUUUAAUAGACAUGUUACAUCACUGGACCUCAAUGCUGGACGGAACAGGAGCAACUAUCCGAGUGUUUCUAUUUGACUAUAAAAAGGCAUUCGAUUUCAUCGAUCAUAGUAUCCUAAGGAUCAAGUUAGGUGCUUUAGAUUUACCAACUAUAUAUAUAGUAUCAUCAACUGGAUUAUCGACUUUUUAUCGGAUAGAUAUCAAAGGGUUAAGCUGUCAAAUAGUUGCCUUUCUGAAUGGGACCAAGUACCGGCUGGUGUUCCUCAAGGAACCAAAUUAGGCCCUUGGCUCUUCUUAAUAAUGAUUAAUGAUUUGAAGAAACAUAGUGAGAACUUAUGGAAAUACGUUGACGAUACUACGGCGUCGGAAGUCGUAUUGCAAGGCGAGCACAGUGAAGCUCAACUGAUUGCAAAUGAAAUUUUAGAUUGGUCCAAUAUCAAUAGAAUGCAAUUAAAUGCUGAUAAAUGUAAGGAGAUACGAAUUUCUUUUCCACGGAAUCAACCCGAGCUUAACCCAAUUUCAAUUGAGAAUCAAAUCAUAGAAGUUGUAUCCGAUUUUAAAGUGCUUGGUCUUAACAUUAGCAACAACCUUACGUAGAAUAAACAUAUCACUGAAUUAGUCAAGAAAGCCUCCAAAAGGAUAUAUUUCCUUAUUCAACUUAAGAGAGCAAAAAUCCCAAUUCAAGAACUAAUCACAUUUUACAUAACCUGCAUAAGAUCUGUGUUGGACUAUGCUGUCCCGGUUUUCCACUACAGCCUACCCAAGUAUUUAAGUCAAGAUUUGGAACGAGUCCAGAAACGCGUAUUUGGAAUUAUUUAUCCCCAUUUGAAAUAUGAGGAAGAUUUAAAUCUCAGUGGAAGUGAACAUCUUUCCACUCACCAUCAAAACGGUUGCAAGAAAUUGUUUAAUGCAAUUAUCAAAUAUUCUAAUCACAGUCUACAUUACCUCUUGCCGCCAAGGCAUAACUCCAUCCACGACCUAAGAUCUAUUAGAUCUUUUGACGUUCCAGUUUGUAAAACCAAUCGGUUUAGUAAUAGUUUUAUUAUGGCAUCGAUUAGCAAAACUGAAUAGGUUUUACUCUUCAUUUACCUAUUUUAUAUUCUUAAUAACUUUUGCAUGCUUAUUAUAAACAGACACUUUUAACAAUUUAGUUAAUUAAUUAUAAUACUUUGAUAUAUUUCAAAACUCUAAUUUUUAAUAAUUUUUAAUUGUAAGUAUAAUACGCAAUUCAGCUCAUGGCUGCAAUGUAUUUACCAUUUUUAAAUAAAUAAAGUAUAAAUAAAUAAAGUAUAAAUAAGUCGCAGUCACAGCGUUGUACCUCAAUUACUGGAGGGGACUUAAAUAUUGCAGGAAUCGUAUCUACGAGCGUGACCUUUUCACGUUCUAAACAUAACUAUCAUAGUUCUUUUCUUGUUAGUAGUAAUACACCGUAUGAUUGUGUUUUGGUAUGGGACUUUAUUACGCAGUAUAAAUUAAGUGUUCAAGGGGAUUUCUUGGGAGGGCGAAGUCGUUAUCAGUUAGUGGGGACCUAUGGGAAAAUCCCAAUACAUGCGGAGCAUCCAGCAAUGAAGGUGCAAUCGAACGGAGUUGUGAUUACAGAGGCCAAAUCACGCGUUGUUUCCCCCAACGAAGCGAAGAAAACCAAUGCGGUACUUGUGCAAUCUCAGUUGAAAGGUGUCAAUAAAGUAAUUCUGUCGGAAGGAGUGGCAAUUCCGGCUCGAUCGGAAAUGGUAAUUGAAGGUAAGAUACAGGCGAAAGAUAUUUCACAGGUUGACAUGAUAUCAGCUAGUCAGGCAGAUAGUGUUAGACACUUACAAGGAUUACAUGUAGCUCAUUUAGUUGUCACCCCUGUUGGUAAAACCGUACCAGUCCGAAUAGCUAAUACUACAACGGAAUUUUGUCCCAUACUUGAGCAGGAAGCCGUUGCCAACAAUAAAUUUCCGGUUAAUUGUAAUGCCGUGCAAGCAGAUAAUCUUGGGCAGAAAAUCGAUUCCCGUUUAGAUGCGGGUUUAAGUAACUCCGAAAAACAACAAGUAAAACAAGUAUUAGGCGAGUUUAAAGAACUAUUUAGCGACACAAUUGGCCAAACCAACAUUGCACAUCAUAAAAUUGACACCGGUGAUAACCCGCCGAUUAGGCAACGUGCCAGGCGAAUGCCAUAUGCAUUUCGCGAAGAAUCUAACAAGCAAAUUGAAGACAUGUUAGGUAAGGGAAUAAUCAGUCCUAAUACCAGCCCAUGGGCUAGCCCAAUUGUCUUGGUUCGCAAAAAGUCAGGCGAAUUACGUUUUUGUAUUGAUUACCAUAGACUUAACCAGAUUACACGCAAUGACGCACAUCCUCUGCCAAGGGUUGACGAUUUACUUGACUCGGUUGGGAAUGCGAAGUAUUUUACCACACUAGGCCUCAAAAGCGGCUACUGGCAAAUUCCCGUUCACCCUGAUGACCGUGAAAAAACUGCCUUUGUCACGCAUGGCGGCUUAUAUGAAUUUAAUCGUAUGCCUUUUGGCUUAGUAAACGCGCCUGCAACAUUCAAACGAGCAAUGGAACUAGCUUUAGCUGGCCUUACAUAUAGUAUUUGUCUUUGCUACUUAGAUGACAUAAUUAUCUUUAGUAACAGUAUUACUGAACAUUGUAACCGAUUAAAAGCGGUCUUAACUCGCUUCCGGCAGCAUGAUUUGCGCUUAAAUUUAGCAAAAUGUACUUUCGCAGCUAAAGAGGUUCACUAUUUAGGACAUAUGAUAUCCGAAGACGGAGUUAGCCAGCUCUCGUCAAAAAUUGAAGCAAUAAAACAGAUUCCUGUACCAAAGACAGUGAAGGAAGUCCAAAAUUUUUUAGGGUUGUCAGGAUACUACCGCCGUUUUAUUAAGGAUUAUAUAUGCAACGAUUUCGGCGCCUCUCACUAA